AUGGGUGACCACAAGGAGCCUCUACAAGAUCAGGCUACGACGGGGAAAAUGAUAAAAAACUUUAUCAAGAAUACAGACAAACUCGGGCAGGCGAAUCUGACCUUCGACUCAUUAAAUGCGCGAUUAUGCACUUUGGAGUCGUACUGGAAAAAAUACACGGAUCGUCACCUUGCCUUGUCUCGCCUUGAAAAGGAGCUCGAAGAGGAGAGCUAUUUUGUAAACGACGCAUUCUCUGAAGUCGAAAAUCAGUACACCGAAGCAAGAGCGUACCUCAUGCAAAAGAUUACGGCCCUCUCAGCACGUGCGCUCGACUACACAGUGCCUGCUUCAAGUAACACACAGGCUGUAGUGCAAAUGUCGACCACAGCCACAUCACUGCCGAAACUCACGUUGCCGAAGUUUAGCGGACAGCAGUCCGAUUGGGACUCCUUCAAAGCGCUGUUUGUAUCAAUGGUGAAAGACGCACCAUCGCUCACGCCAACGCUAAAACUUCAACACCUAUUGGCCUGCGUCGAAGGCGACGCCCUUCGCACGAUCAAGAACAUCGAGGUUAAUGCCGACAAUCUCGAGGUAGCAUGGACGGCCCUCAGUCGCCGUUAUGAAAAUAAGCGUCUACGCAUCUCGGUCUAUAUGAAGCGGCUGCUGUACAUGCCCAAAGCGGUGAAAAAAUCAGUAGCAGAAAUCACUCGGCUGCUCGACACAAGCAACGAGUGUCGUCGUGGCUUGAGCGCACUAGGCGAACCAGUCGAGCAUUGGGAUCGCUGGUUCGUCAGCUUGAUUGUGUUUAAUCUCGACAACAACACGAGGGAGCUGUGGGAGCAACACCUGCCGGACGACGGCGCACCACCAACUUACACACAAUUGGUCAAAUUUUUGGAAAACAAGGUUCAAGCUCUGGACACGGCAAACUGUCCAGACCCCGAUACAUCACCUCGACAGAGUAAAAGCUCCAAGGAGGCGUCUCAAAGACCCUCGAGAUCUGUUUCAGCUCAUCAUGCAGCCAGCGCAGACUCAUCGUCACGACGACAGGCCAAAUGUUCACUGUGCUCAGCAGAUCAUCGUCUGGGAUCUUGUCCAGACUUUCUCAGCUACACAAUCGAUCAACGAUGGAAAUACGCCCGUGACAAGAGCCUCUGCUACAAUUGUCUGAACAAGUCACAUAAAGGCUCGGAAUGUCCAUCGGUGUUCAAAUGCCGAACGUGCAAACAAGCUCAUCAUACGAAGCUGCAUCGAGGCCAAACAAAAGUCGAGGACACUACAUCGGAGCAGACGUCUGCGUCUGCGAACAGCGAAGAGUCAUUGGUAGCUCAUGCUGCUACCUUGUCAGGCACGACGCUGCUUGGAACAGCACGAGUCGUCGCUAUCAGUCCUCUCGGCGAAAGGAUGGUGAUUCGGGCCUUGAUCGACCCCGCGGCGGAAGGCUCGUUCGUUACCGAGAAGGUGGCCCAAGCGUUGUCGCUAUCCAGAACAGCGACCUCUCUCGCCGUGAACGGUCUUGGCGGUCAAACUGCAGUCAAGGCCAAAUCCUCUGUACUCUUGUCGUUGCAAUCAUGCACGUCGCCUAAAUUAUCCAUACAUGUUUUAGCGGCAGUCCUCACCAAAUUGACGUCUGUACUUCCAAAGCAACCUAUCAACGGCUCACAGUGGAGUCACCUGCAAGGACUGGAGCUCGCAGACCCCGCCUACGAGACACCCGCGCCCAUCGACUGCUUGAUUGGCGCUGAAAUGUGGCCCGACAUCAUCCGAGCAGGCCUACGACGUGGACCGUCUGGCUCUCCAGCCGCAUACAAAACGGUGUUUGGCUGGGUCAUCACCGGACCAACCACGAAGCCAACGGCCCACCAGUCUACUCUCGAUGCGUUCACUAUAACGCUCACAUCAACGGACACUCUGAGCAGUGACCUACGGAAAUUUUGGGAGCUUGAAGAGCUCACACCUGCCGCCGGAUCGGCGCCAGCCGACGAUACGUGCGAAGAACACUUCCGAUCGACACAUCAGCGAGACGACUCAGGUCGCUACUACGUGCGACUACCCUUCAUUGCCAAGCCCGAACUACCUGGCUCAUAUGGAAUAGCUAAGCAACGGUUCCUCUCACUCGAGCGACGUCUGCUCCACGACGCACAGCUUCGCCAGCAAUACUGCUUAUUCAUGCAAGAGUAUGAGACAUUAGGCCACAUGAAGAAAGCUUCGACAGAUCGCUUCGACACCGAUGUUGCAUACUUACCACAUCACGCCGUAGUUGGUAAAAAACUACGCGUCGUCUUCAACGCUUCACAGAAGGUAGCCAACAAUAAGUCACUCAACGACUUCAUGCAUACUGGACCGAAGCUGCAACAAGACAUAUCUACAAUAUUACUGCGGUGGAGGCUUGGCCAGUACGCAUUCACGGCGGACAUCGUAAAAAUGUACCGGCAGAUUUACGUUCGUGAGGAGGACGUCGCGUGGCAACGCAUACUGUGGCGCUGCAAUCCAGAGGAUCCUGUUCAAGAAUUUGAGCUUACGACCGUCACAUACGGGACCGCCUGUGCACCGUACCUUGCACUGCGCGUAAUUAAUCAAUUGGCUGAGGACGAAGCAAGGCGCUUUCCUAUUGGGUCAAAGAUACUGAAAGAAAACAUGUACGUCGAUGAUGCGCUGGUGUCGUGUGAUUCUGUGGACGCUGCUGUACAAGCAAGGAGAGAUCUGAUCGAGAUCUUACGCAGCGCUGGCAUGCAAUUGGACAAAUGGGCCGCGAAUUGUUCAGACAUCCUCUCGGGCAAUCACUGCGCAUCGCCAGAAGACCGUGCCUUCGACAAGGAAUUGAUUGUGCCCACACUGGGACUGCGUUGGACUCCUGCUACUGACGAGUUCAGCUACACCGUCCCUGAGCUUUCAACGAUCACUACAGUCACGAAGCGCACCAUUCUCUCGGAGGUGGCUCGAAUUUACGACCCCACAGGCUGGCUGGCUCCUGUAACAGUGCGUGCCAAGAUGCUGUUACAACACCUUUGGCUCCAAGGCCACGAUUGGGACCAACACACGGAUCACACGACCACCGAACUCUGGCUCGACUUUCGUCGCAAGCUCGCAGCUCUACAAGCCUGCCGGAUCCCGCGAUGGCUCGGUGUCAACAGCAAAAGCUUCAGGAUGCUACACGGAUUCUCCGAUGCCUCGGAGAGAGCCUAUGCCGCGGCGAUCUACCUCGUCAGCCAGGAUGCCUCGCACUUACUCACCGCCAAGAGUAAAGUGGCACCGAUUCGCUCUGUUAGUGUGCCUCGACUCGAGCUCUGUGGAGCGACGCUGCUCGCUCGCCUCAUGCAGAAAGUCCUUCAAGACAUUAAUCUCACAAUCGCUUCAAUCCACUGUUGGACAGAUUCACAAAUAGUGCUCGCCUGGCUUCGAGCACCUCCGUGCACUUGGAAAGUUUUCGUCGCCAACCGGGUGAGCGAAAUUCAUAGCCUGCUGCCGAACGCCGCCUGGAGCCACGUGGCCUCAAAGCAUAAUCCUGCUGAUGUGGCCUCACGAGGAUGCUCGCCUGAUCAAUUGCAAGGAAAUGAGCUUUGGUGGAGGGGACCGCCUUGGCUCCUGUCGUCUACGAGCUUUGCGACCAUAGAAGAGCCCAUUGUCAGCACUCAAUUGGAACGACGCAUCGAUCGAGCGUGCUUCGUAUCAACAGAGGAUGAUACCAUCGAGAAUAUCCUCACUCGAUUCUCAUCGCUCAAUCGUCUCUAUCGAGUCGUCGCUUACUGCCUGCGGUGGAAAAAUUGUCUCGCGUCCACCAAAGCUCAAUAUACAAGCACCACAAUCACGGCCAAAGAAAUCACUGCAGCUCGAAUUAUCAUUACCCGAGCUGUUCAAGUGUAUCACUUUCGAGAAGAGAUACAUAGACUUCACAAGGGCGAUGACCACUACAGAAGUGCCAGAUUACGCCGCCACCACCCAUAUCUUGACGAGGAAGACUUACUUCGAGUUGGCGGACGCUUGACUCACUCUCUGCUGCCUUAUAAUGAACGCCAUCCUAUUGUCAUUCCCAAGACUAGCCAUUUGGCGCGGCUGCUCGUUCGUCAUGCUCACGAAGUCACGUUACACGGGGGCCCACAAUUAGUGCAGAGCUUUUUGCGGCGUCAAUGGUGGAUUCUCCAGUCAGGAAGUCUUAUACGACAGGUAAUACACGCCUGUGUCACAUGCACUCGCUUUCAAGGCCGUCGAUUGGAACAGUUCAUGGCACCGCUACCUGAACCCCGGGUCACACCUUCGAGACCUUUCACUGUCACAGGUGUAGACUACGCUGGCCCGUUCGCCCUUCGCACUUCCAAGGGCAGAGGCCAAAAGUCAUUCAAAGGGUAUGUGGCUAUCUUUGUCUGCUUCGCAACACGAGCCGUACACCUGGAAGUUGUGUCUGACUACAGCACCAAGACAUUUUUGAUGGCUCUUCGACGAUUCUUUGCAAGAAGAGGACUCAGUCGCACAAUGUACUCAGAUUGUGGAACUACGUUUCAAGGAGCUGCCAAUGAGCUGCAUCAACUUUUCAACCAAUCGUCUACCUUCGUGCAAGAAAUUAUGACGGCGCUCGCCCAGGAAGAAGUGCAAUGGAAAUUCAUCCCGCCUCGCGCCCCUCACUUUGGCGGAUUAUGGGAGGCGGCCGUCAAAGCCUUCAAAUCCCAUCUGAAGCGUGUUGUCGGUGCGGCAACACUGACCUUCGAAGAGUUCAGCACCCUCACCACUCAAAUUGAGGCCUGCUUGAACUCACGCCCAUUGUGCCCUCUGAGCUCAGAUCCUCAAGAUAUGGCUGCGCUCACACCUGGACAUUUCCUUAUCGGAAGCUCGCUCUUGGCAGUUCCUGAGCCGUUCACUGAGGAAGGCAUUGAAGGGCUGCCUCGAUGGCGACACACCAUCCAAAUGCGAAACCAUUUUUGGCGUCGAUGGCAGAGAGAAGUGCUGCAACACAUGCAGCUGCGUCAAAAAUGGCUAAAGCAGAUGCCUGCAGUGCAAUCAGGAGACCUUGUCUUGCUCACCGAUGAUCUGCAACCGCCGCAACGAUGGCCUCUGGCAAGGAUUGAAAUGGUGCAUCCUGGCGCAGAUGGGCUGCCUCGCGUGGUGACCUUACGCACGCCAACGACGACUCUGACUCGCCCAAUUGCGAAAAUUAUUCGCCUACCCAUCGGACAGAACGAAGUCGUCGUCCCCACCGACGGAGCAACGGGCCAGUGA